UAUGGACAAAGAACUAACUGGUGUACCAGUCAUAACUUCAGCAGAAGGUAAGGUUUUAAAGCCCAAAGGAACAGCAAUAAUCAAAAUCCAGUUUGCUGGAGGAACCAUGGAACAAGAAUUUAUUGUUAUGAAAAAGUUGGACAUAGCCAUAAUACUUGGGUGUGAUUUCCUACAUAGUGUGGGAGCUAAUAUUGACUUUGAAAACAAACAAGUCUCCCUCCCAUUGCUUUGCAGAAAAAGGACUAGACAGCAUAACCAAAGUCAACAAUUCAAAAUAACUGUUGCAAUGAUGAGACAAUAUAUGUCUAGAAAAUAUAUUAGAGAUUUCAAUGGCAUCAAAAUAAUGCAAGAUUUACAAUAUCAAUAUGAAAAUUAUGAAUCCCCACAUACUCCACAAAUAAAGAUGAUUUUGACAAUUAUUUUAGCCUAUCUUAUAAAAGAUGAUGAAUUAGAUACAGCGAAUGCUAGCAAAGAGAAUCAUUGGAAAGAUGGUUUUUCAGCUCUUGAAAUAUUACAAGCUGUAAAUAGGUUAGCUAUUAGUGAUAAAAAUAAACAACUCUUUGCUGACUACAUUCCAUUGAUUAUAGAAGUGAUAAAAUCUCCACAAAAUGACGAUGAAGAAGACAGUGCAGUGAAAUUUUUGUGGACACUAUCUUUCAAUAAAAAAUGCAGGAAAAUUCUUAAAGAAGAAGAACAUUUCAACUUUAUCCAGUCAAAAGUAUCAAAUAAUUCCAAUUCAAGUAGAAAACACUCAUUUGAAGGUAUAAUUUGGCAGCUAAGCCAAAAGAAGAGACAAAACAAUAAAAUUAUCAGAGAGAAUAAUGAUAAAUCCAAUUCUGAUCAUAUUAUGUUGAGCUAUCAAUGGUCCUAUAAACCAAUUGUCCUGGCAAUCAGUAAUUUCCUUAAAUCAAAAGUCUUCAAGAUUUGGAUUGAUGUUGAAUCUAUGGGUGGCUCAAUUCUUGAAAGCAUGGCAAAAGCUGUUGAAAAUGCUAUGGUUGUGCUUGUUCGUUAUUCACAAAAAUAUCAGGAUAGUCCAUCUUGCAGGAGUGAAGCUGAAUAUGCUGCUCAAAAGAGAAAAGUCAUUAUUCCUAUAAAAAUGGAAGAAAAUUUUGAACCUGAAAAUUGGUUGGGUUUAAUUCUUGGAAGUAAACUUUAUAUUAACUUUUCUAAGCCUGCAAAGAGAAAUGAAUCAUUUCAAAAUUUAUUAAAAGAACUAACAAAUAAGGUGGAGCAAUUGGAUUCAAUUGAUAAUUCUACAAAUGGAGAAAAAUCUCCAACAAUUGAAAUUAAUGAAUACUCAGAAAUUGAAAAUUUCUAUUUUCUCUUAAACAGUAUGCAACAUAAUAAGCAAAACUGGCGAAUAUCCAUAUAUGGAAGAUAA